AUGGGAGACUAUGAUGAAGACACUGCAUUCCUCGGACAGACUGGUCCUUAUUUCUGGACCACAUUCUUCCUCCUUAACACAGUUUUUGUCUCAACUGGAUUCAAUGGACUUUACAUGGUGUUUAUCGGGGCAACUCCGAAACACCACUGUGUCAUCCCAGAUGUGAACUUGACUGAGGAAUGGACAAAUGCCAUCAUUCCUGUUACGAUAGUGGAUGGAGAGGAGGUGCAGAGCCAGUGCAGCAGAUACAGGCUGGAUGUGGUGAGAAAUCUCUCCGCUGAAGGAUAUAUUCCUGGAAGGGAUGUCAACCUCACUGAGCUGGAGCAGGAGCGAUGUUUAGAUGGAUGGAGCUACAGCAAAGAGAUCUACCAAUCCAACAUAGUCACUGAGUGGAACCUCGUUUGUGAUGACCAGUGGAAAGUUCCCUUUGCAUCUUCGACUCUUUUUGUGGGAUACCUCUUUGGGUCCCUAAUCUCAGGACAGCUUUCUGACAGGUUCGGGAGGAAGAAGAUUGUCUUCCUGUCGCUUGCAGCUCAGUGUGUGGCAGUGCUGCUUCAGUCCUUCUCUCAUUCAUGGAGGAUGUUCUGCAUCAUGUUCCUCUUUGUUGGAGCCUCCCAAGUAUCCUUAUAUAUCUCUGCAUUUGUACUAGGAACAGAAGUUUUGAGUAAAACUAUGCGAGUGCUCUUCACAACUCUGGGAGCCUUCCUUUUCUAUUGCAUUGGGUACAUGACAUUACCCUGGAUUGCAUAUGGAAUCCGUGAAUGGAGGACUCUGCUUGCCGUUCUGUCCACAACUUCUGUGGUCUACAUCCCACUGUGGUGGUUCAUCCCAGAGUCUCCGCGGUGGCUGAUUACUCAGGGAAGAGUGGAGGAGGCUGAGGUCAUUGUGAGGGAUGCUGCAAGAAAAAAUAAGGUUGAAGCACCACCUGUAAUCUUUAAAGAAUGUGAGGUGCAGGCUUUGACUCCAAGCAAGAAAUACACCAUGCUCGAUAUUCUUAAACACAAGAACAUGAGAUGCAUCACACUGAUGUGUCUCCUUUUGUGGAUGGCAAUAAACAUUGGGUAUUUUGGAUUAUCCCUGAACACCUCCAAUCUGAGUGGCGACCCCUUCAUGAACUGUUUUUUGUCAGCUACUACUGAGGUCCCCGCCUAUGUUGUUUCUACUUGGCUGCUUAAAAAAUGUCCAAGAAGGGCACUUCUGUCAUCGUUCCUCACCAUUGGAGGAGGACUACUUCUUCUAAUCCAGUUCAUCCCUGAUACCCUUCAGUAUGUUGCUCUGGCUCUGGAAAUGACUGGAAAGUUUGGCUUCACCAUGUCCUUCAGCAUCGUCUACAUCUACACUGCUGAGAUUUACCCCACUGUACUCAGAAACGUCGGCAUGGGGAUGUGCUCCUCUGCUGCACGCAUUGGAAGUAUCACAGCUCCUUAUGUCAUCUAUUUAGGUACAUAUAAUAAGGUUUUGCCCUAUAUCCUCAUGGGAAGUCUCACAAUUGCUUGCUCUGUGGUGAACUUCUUCCUUCCGGAGACCCUCAAUAGAGAUCUUCCAGAAACAGUGGAGCAGAUGCAAGAAUGCCAGGGGUUGUGUAGUGGAUCCAGAAAGACAAAAUAUGUAGAAGAGGAAGGAAGGAGAAACCAACCCAUUCAACAUGAGGCCAAAUCUGAUGUGCAGAAGAUCCCGUUCCAGUUGCCAGGAGAUAGAGCCGGAAGCGGAGCUCAGCACGGCUCGGCAUGGCUCGGCAUGGCUCGGCAUGGCUUGGCACGGCUCGGCGCAUCAGCGAAAUGCAGGUCAAGAGUGACGGGACAGAAGAAGCAACAGACAACAGGAAUAUCAAUGGAUAGCAAAAAAAUUAGAGACUAUGACAGCAUCACAUCUUUUCUUGGAUCUUGGGGACCUUUUCAGCUGAAGAUUUUUUUAGCACUGGCCAUCAGCAUCAUCCCAAAUGGGUUCAUUGGUAGCUAUAUAGUAUUUGUAGGUGAUACUCCACCUCACGAGUGCUACAUCCCUGAAAACUACAGCAUCAGUGAGACAUGGAGAAAUGUGACCAUCCCACUGGAAACAGUUGAUGGCAUUGAAAAGCGCAGCUCUUGUUCAAGGCUUAACCUGGAAGUUGUCAGGAACUACUCUCAAAACAAAAUGAUCCCAAAUGUGGAUGUGAAUUUGAGUGUUAUUCCUUUAGAGAGUUGUGUGGACGGGUGGACAUACAGCAAAGACAUUUACCAGUCAACUAUUGUCACAGAGUGGGACCUGGUAUGUGAGAAUGCAUACAAAACUCCGCUGGCAACUUCUAUCCAAUAUGUUGGUGUGCUUGUUGGAGCAUUUCUCACAGGCCAAAUGUCCGACAGGUUUGGAAGGAGACUAGUACUCUUUGUCAUGUUCGUUCUUCAGACUGUGGCGAUCACAGCACAGAUAUUCUCCCCAAGCUGGGAGAUCUUCACCCUCAUUUUCUUCUUCGUUGGUGGAGGGGGAUACUCCAACUAUACCAUUGCAUUUGUGCUGGGUACAGAAAUUCUCAGCCAAAAAGCCAGAGUGGUCUUCUGCUCCCUUGGGGUUUUUAUGGGCUCAGCUUUGGGCUACAUGGCAAUGCCAGCUGUGGCUUACUUCCUCCGUGACUGGCGGCUGUUGCUGAUCCCCAUGGCGGCCUCUGGCCUGAUCUACAUCCCUUUGUGGUGGUUAGUCCCAGAGUCACCUCGCUGGCUGCUUUAUCAGGGAAGAGUGAAGGAGGCUGAGGCCAUACUGAGAAACGCUGCCAAGAUUAAUAACAUAGAGGCUCCAAAGGCCAUUUUCACCCAAGCUGAGAUCAAUGAUGCACUGGCUAUGAAAGACAAGAAAUACAACAUUUCUGUCAUUGUAAGCAGCUGCAAUGUGUUCUCUAUGACAUUACUGUGUUCAUUUCUCUGGAUCAUCAUCACCAUUAGCUACUUUGCUCUGGUCCUCAACACUUCGAACCUGAACGGCGACCCUUACAUAAACUGCUUCUUUUCUGCACUGGUGGAAGUGCCGGCUUACGUAAUUGCUUUGCUACUGCUCCAGUACUGCUCCAGGCACUUCUGCCAGUCUUCUACACUCUUUGUUGGAGGUGUUAUGAUCCUCUGUGUCCACCUCAUCCCAACAGAUCUACAGAGUUUGCCUGUGGUCCUAGAGAUAUUGGGAAAAUUUGCCAUAACAUCUGCAUUUUGUGUGGUGUACUCCGUCACAUCAGAGCUCUUCCCCACUGUUAUCAGAAAUACAGCAAUGGGGUGUUGUUCCAUGGCUGCUCGUAUUGGAACCAUCAUCUCCCCUUUUAUCAUUUAUCUGGGACGAUACUACAAGGCACUCCCAUACAUCCUGAUGGGAGGUUUGACCAUUUUUGGUGCUGCCUUGUGUUUCCUGCUUCCAGACACUUAUGGGAAGGCUUUGCCAGAGACUAUAUCACAAAUGCAGCAGAUAUGCAGGAGAGAAGGCAAAAAAGAUGAAGCUGAAAAUGGAGAUAUUAAAGAAUCAAAGUUAUAAUUAAUGUUGAUUUUUGAUUGUAUUUCCUGAAGCAAAUAUUAAGCCUUAUUUGCUUACAGAAACCUUUUGUUUUAUGUGAGUUAGAUUUAUGCAUUUUUGUUUGAAAUGCCCUUUAUUGUUAUUUAACUAAUUGCGAAGCACA